GGAGGGGGAUCCCCCUCGCUCCCACGUGGUGCGGGCGCCUGUGAAUCGCGCCCGCCGGAGGGUCUCACAGCGAAAUACAAAAGCAGCUGGGAAGCGGCGGCGAGGCGAGUUCCCAGCGCCGCACAGAGCCCCGCAGCGCCCGGCGGCCGCCAUGGGGCUGAGGCGCCCGAAGCCCCGGAGCCAACGAGCGGCCCGGCCCACCUCGCCGCCGGGACCUGGGCGCCCCGGCUCGGCUUGAAGCGGCGGCGGCGGCGGCGGCGGUGGCGGUGGCGGCGGCACCGGCGCGGCCACAGGAGCAUGGGCAGGAGGAUGCGGGGUGCCGCCGCCACCGCGGGGCUCUGGCUGCUGGCGCUGGGCUCGCUGCUGGCGCUAUGGGGCGGGCUCCUGCCGCCGCGGACAGAGCCGCCCGCCUCGGGGCCGCCCGAAGACCGACUCCCGCGCCUCGCAGCCCGGAUCGGCGGCCCGGCACCCGCGCCUCGCUUCCCUCUGCCCCCGCCUCUGGCCUGGGACGCCCGCGGCGGCUCCUUGAAAACUUUCCGGGCGCUGCUCACCCUGGCUGCCGGCGCUGACGGCCCGCCCCGGCGGCCCCCGGGCGAGCGCAAGCGGCACGUGCCAGCCGGGCGGUCCCGGCCGGAGGAGGAGAGCGCCGCCGUGCACGGGGGCGUCUUCUGGAGCCGGGGCCUGGAGGAGCAGGUGCCCCGGGGCUUCUCCGAGGCCCAGGCGGCGGCGUGGCUGGAGGCGGCGCGCAGCGCCCGGGUGGUGGCCCUGGAGCGCGGGGGCUGCGGGCGCAGCUCCAACCGACUGGCUCGCUUCGCCGACGGCACCCGCGCCUGCGUGCGCUACGGCAUCAACCCCGAGCAGAUCCAGGGCGAGGCCCUGUCCUACUACCUGGCGCGCCUGCUGGGCCUCCAGCGCCACGUGCCGCCGCUGGCGCUGGCUCGGGUGGAGGCGCGGGGCGCACAGUGGGCGCAGGUGCACGAGGAGCUGCGCGCGGCUCACUGGACCGAGGGCAGCGUCGUGAGCCUGACGCGCUGGCUGCCCAACCUCACGGACGUGGUGGUGCCCGCGCCCUGGCGCUCGGAGGACGGCCGUCUGCGGCCCCUACGCGGCGCUGGGGGCGAGCUGGCCAACCUCAGCCAGGCGGAGCUGGUGGACCUGGUGCAAUGGACAGACUUGAUCCUCUUCGACUACCUGACGGCCAACUUCGACAGGCUCGUAAGCAACCUCUUCAGCUUGCAGUGGGACCCGCGCGUCAUGCAGCGCGCCACGAGCAACCUGCACCGGGGCCCCGGCGGGGCGCUGGUCUUUCUGGACAACGAGGCGGGCUUGGUGCACGGCUACCGGGUGGCGGGCAUGUGGGACAAGUAUAACGAGCCGCUGUUGCAGUCCGUGUGCGUGUUCCGCGAGCGGACCGCGCGGCGGGUGCUGGAGCUGCACCGCGGGCAGGACGCGGCGGCCAGGCUGCUGCGCCUCUACCGGCACCACGAGCCUCGCUUCCCCGAGCUGGCCGCGCUCGCCGACCCCCACGCUCAGCUGCUGCAGCGCCGCCUCGACUUCCUCGCCAAGCACAUUUUGCACUGUAAGGCCAAGUACGGCCGGCGGCCGGGCACUUAGCGUCACCCGGAGGAGCCGGGAGAGCCGGCACUGGGCUGUGGCUGGUGGGGGAAGGGCCGUCGCCUCGGCCACCGCCUGGGGAUCCGCCGGCCAACGCCCAGCCGGUGGCCCGCCGCGAAGGUGUCUCAAACUUCUGCUUCACCCACCUGCCUUUCUUUGCAAGCCCACGCUGUUUGCUUUCAAAGUUCUGGACGGGCGAACGCACCGAGGCGGGAUGAGCCACGUUCCCUCCACCCAGUUGAUAAAAGGAUUCUUUCUAAAGCCAGCGCGAGACCCGAUCCGAAGAAACUGGCUGCUGAGGUCUGCCCCAGGGGGGCCGUCUCUGUGGGAGAUGCACCCCAUUCUUGCCCCCCACCCACCACCCGGCCGCUUCCCACCCCACCCCCCGACCCCGGUCCAUUUCCGAAAAAGGAAAACUUCCGUUUGAGCCCUUGAGCUAAUUCUGCAAUUUCCUACGGAACGCGGCGCUGGUGGCCCCCGAGCCCGGCUGUGACAUUGGUGGUGGAGCCCCCUUCUGAGCUCUCCCUUUGUUCCAGCGCCGCGGUGGUGAGAUCACUGUUGAGAGCGGGGAACGGCUCCGAUAGGACAAAGGGAGCAGGACCUUCAACCGCUGGGACCCGCAGACCCUGUCAAUUUGUCUGACUCAUUCCUGACCUCCUGUCAUUUUAGCCUGAAGCCUCCGAUUUCAGGACUGACCGUAUGCACUGAAUCAAAUAAUGGAUUUCUUCCUCCCCCUCCCAGCCGACCAAAAUUUUGACAAUGAUGAUGUUCACACGGAAAAAAAAUCAGUUUCAUGCACUUUACUUUGUUUUUAUUUUAAUUUUUUAUUAAGAAAAACUUUUUUAUUUGACAAAAUUUGCCUUCUGUAUAUAUAUGUGCAUAAAGUGUGGUGUAAAUAUACUAAACAGACUUAUAUUUCAAUAAAAGGGAGUUUAAAAUUUAGAAGUUUAAUUUUUGUGACUUUAACUCUUUGGAGUAUCUGAUACUUUGAGAGUAUGUUUUAGGCUUUCUCCCUAGCUGGUGUGCUUUUAAAACAAAGGAUGCUUAUCCCCGCCCCUUGUGACUACAGAACUUGCAGAAUUGAAUGGUCAAGAGCAGGCCGGCUGUCUCCUGUGCUGGAAAUUUGAGUUCAGCCUAGAAUGUAGACUAAGGAGGUGGAGAAAAGCCUGGGAGAAAAGUGUUCUAUUUCCUGGCAAAUAAAACUGAUAGGAAGAGAUUUCAUUGCAGUAUAUUCCUAUAUUAAUCAUUUGACAAAUACGAUAGAACCAGAUGUGCAGACUAAAAUAGAACAAAUGCCUCCUUUGAAAGUUGACUGUUGUGGUCACAUGCUGUACAUUAUUUGCAGCAUUAUAAUCACCAAGCGUCACAGUGUGUAGCAUUAAUAAGCUGAGCACAUAUUGCAAACAGGUAGAGAAAGCCAUACAUUAAUUCAUCUCUUUAAUCUGGCAUAGACUCCGUUGCAUUCAGGAGAUCAUCAUCUCCAACAUCUGGACUCAUGCAAAGUUCUUAAAGAAGCGGCGCUGUUGUCCAAGGUCCAACUGCCUGAUGCCCUAAGAGCAGGAGGCAUUGUGAGACCAGGAAGGUGCACAGUUCUUCUGUGUGACAUUUGGACUCUUCACUGUCAGAAGACUUAGAACUUUAAAAAUGGCUUCGGGGUCUUUGGCCCAUGGCCCAUGACAGGGGACAAGAUUUGCUUUUGUUUAUUUUAAAGCCCCUUGGUGUUGCAUUUGGGCAUUUGUUAUCUGGGCCCAGGGAUCUUGCCUGUUCAUGGUGUUUCCUGACUUCUAACUCAAAGCUACUUGGGGUUACAAUUUUGGUUUUUUUGUUUUUUGGUUUUUUGGUGUUUUUUUGUAAUUUGACUUGCAUUUGUAAACCUAGGGUUUUAUAGACUCACAAAGCUAUUAAAUCUCUGUGGGUUCUUUGUCUCACUGUGAAUUGCAAGGUAGUGUGUAAUUUAACUAUUUAAUGUCAUCCGUAUGUUUUUCCUGCCUUAGGCUAAGCCAAAUCUUAACUAGGAAAAACAAAAACAGUCCAUAAACUAUUUGUGGUGAAAGUCAAUUUUUUUUUGCAGUACAACCCCAGAAUGUACUGAUAAUAGCAACUAUAUGCUUUUUCAAGACCUCUGGUAAUUACACCUUUCAAAAAUAGCGUUUUCCCUUUCUGAUAGUUAAUAAUAAUGAGAUUUGCUGCUGACAUUAAUGGUGGCCACUUCAAGAACAGGAUAUAGAUUCUACAUCUUGCAUGUUCCUUGAGGAAAACAAUGAGCAGAAGGAAGCUGGAAGUUUCCCGUUUGCACAGGAAAUGCUCCCUGCCUCCCGUCUGACUCCAGCACUGGUGAGUUCUGGGCCGGCAGCAUUCUCAACAUUCCUCCUGAACUUCGGUUCUAAGCCCAGACGUGAACAGAGUUAACCCAGAGCAAGGCACUGAGCUUAAUUUAAAUGACUUUUCUCAGAUUCUUUAGUGAACCAUAUCUGCCUGUUUGAGGGAAGAAGAAAGAAAAAAGUUUAAUUACAUGGUGGAGUUGUUAAGGGAACCGAGAAUUAAUUACAGAGACCUUGCUUUAACUGUUGCUAUUCCUCGUGGCUAACCGGUAGGCUGUGGAAUGGAAAGAUCAAUGAAAGUCUUGCCAUGGUCAGUAAAUGCUGCUAGGGACACAUCACUUUUCAAAUGAAAAAAAAAAAGUUUCAGGCAUGAUUUGCAGAAAGUAAUGAGUUCUGCAGGCAAACUGUCUUCUGAAUUCUGCCCCUCACCUAUUUACCUUCAGCAAGUCCUUGAAUUUAGUUCCCUCAUCUGUGAAAUGGAGAUUCGAUCAGAGUAUUGUGGGAUUUAAAUGUUAACAUAUAAAACAUACAGGCACAUAAUAGGUACUUCCAAAAAAAAUCUCAUUUCUUAUUCCUCUUUUAAAGAGGAAAAAAGCCUUUGCAUUUCUUAUACUUCAGUAGAAUUCUACUAAUUUUGAUCAUCGAAACCAUAGCUAGGGAGAGGUGUUUGAGCUAGGAGUUGAGGCACCAGUUGAAACGAGUGGAUGUCUGCAUCUCCUACCAGAAUGCCUGGAUUCAAGUCCUGGCUCCACUGGCCUGAUUCCAGCUUGCUACCAAUGCAGACCCUGAGAGGCAGUGGUGAGGGCUCCAGUGACUGAGUGCCCACCACCCACACGGGCAACAUGGAUGGAGUCCCUGGCUACUGGUUUUGGCCUAGGCAUCAUGGGUGUUUAUAAAGUGAGUCAGCAGAUGAGCACUAUGUCUAUCUCUCUCCCUCUCUAUCUCUCGAAUAAACCAGCAUUAAAAGAAAAAAAAAAUCCCCAAAUCUAGCUGUUUCCAAGACCAGGAUCGUUUUUUUAUUUGCUAAUCAAUUAAUUCAAGAAAUUGUUUCUUAAGCACCUGCUAGCACUAUGCAAGGCACUGGUUCAUAAAGCCAAGGUCACAGCUUAAUCUCCACGUGGAUUUGAGUGAGUGGUUUCAAGACCAAAGCAGACCCUGUGCUCCAAAGCAGCUAUACUACAAAUAUAUGAGGGCAAUUUAAAAAAAAAAAAAAAAGAACAGAAAAAAGUAGAUGGCUCAUUGCAAAUCUAUCACCACUUCUGGAAAGCAUCAAAAAGUGAUGAAUCUUUGCGGGAGCGAUCCUCUUCCCAAUGCCUUCUGCCAAGAGAAAGUAGGCAGUUGACCUUUUCUCCCUGGAUUCCACUGUUGAUUAAUUCACUCUGUCAAUGACAUAGUUCUAAACUCUAUUAAGCAUACUCACCCUCCUGUCUUUGAAUCAGGAAGAAAAACACAUUAUUUUAACACAUCUCAACAUUUCUCAUCCUUCUGCCUGCAACUGCGGCUAGGAGAGUCCUCUAAGGCCCAGAAGUUGAUUAUGUGGAUUAAAUGAGUAAAUAUUUACAAUGCUCUCUGAGUAGUGCCUGGCACAUAGUAAAUACAAUACAUGUGUUUAUUUAUUGGUAGAGUAGAUCAUUUUUCUAUGUCAAAACCAGAGGCACCAGGAGUCUUUCAUAAUCCUGCUCUAUCUCUGCCAUCAUAGAACACAUUCUACAUGCUUCUGGUUUGGCUCAGGGAAACCAACUAGAGUGCAUGAGCCUGGCAGAAUUACCUUGGAGCUCACAGGUAUCAGCUGGCUUGUCUCAUUUCUGAGACUGCCCUCUAUGUCAGUUGUCAUAUAUACCUCUCUCUCUUUCACCAGGAGGCUGUAAUUCUAUUUCUCAUGUGGCCCAUCAGCUCCAGGGAGCAAUGAGCUGCAGAAUUUUGCACCUGCUGAGUGACCGUGAGCAAUCCAUAGUCAUGGAUCAUCCAAGCCUGGGCACUGGUUAUUUGCCCUCCAUGCACCUGUCCCUUUCCCACGUGGUAGGAGGGUGAUAGGAAUGCUGGAGAAGGAAGAGAGAAGCAAGCUCAGGGAAUGUUCCAGAAGGGACUAGAAUGCCAGCUCCCUUGGCAUGACAGCACAGGGAUUGACAGCCACCCUUCAGGACAUUCUGAUCAUUGGCACCCAGCAGAAAGGACCGUGGGAAUCAGGAGCUCCAGGCUUCUUCUGACUCACAAAAAGACACAAACUUUACAUUGCUACCCGGACCACACACACACACGUCAUACAACAGAAGCAGAAUUUUACAAAACACUAUGUAUAACAUAUUUUUUCUCUUUUAUUCAAUUGUAUUCUGUUCCACCGCCUCCUCUGCUUCCUAUUGCUUUUGUGACCCCCUGAAUUGAUUUCAUAACUCCUCAGUGGAGCACAGCCUGUACUAUGCAAAACUCUAGAUCAGGUGUUCGGUAAGCUCCCUUCCAGCUCUAAGAUUCUAGGGAAAGUCCUUUUUAACCAGUUUACCACCUACUACAUUUUUUUCCCAAGGGGAAUACAGGAUCCAAUUGUGUGUACCUUUUACAAACAAAAUAUUGAAGUGCACUGUUUCAAAAGGUAACUGGGAGAACCACUCAGAAUUUUACAUGAGGUCUUUUUAAAAAAUACUUACAAAAAAAUCCUUAAAUGUGGGAAGUAAUUUUCAGCGUGUCUCAACCCUGUGUAAGCAAAUAAUAUUUUGUAAUAAAGCAAAAUCCUUUGCAUCUCUGCCUUAGUCGUGCCCAAGGAUGACUCCAGAGGACAGUUCCUUUCCUGUGUAUUCAUAAAGAUCAGAUGUAAGAGUCAUAAUUUUUUAAUGUGACUGUUUUACCAGCUUCUUUUUCUGUGUCCUGCUG